CCAGCUAACCUCAGCACAGCCACACAGGAGAUACGGCUCACAGUAAUGGGACCUUAGUAGGUAGAUCCUUUAUCUCACCAGCCACAUUUCAUACCGUAAACUCCACCUCCACCUCGGCCACGUCUACCGACUCCGACCACGGGGUAACUAAAGGUAUACCUACUCCGUACCUAUCAAAGCCUCGAUCCAUAUUCAGGGCCGAGGCUCAGGCUCAUGUUGGCAUUGGCACUGACAUCCAACCCUGAACCUUUUUUUUUUCCCAAAACUCUCCUAACUCCAACCUUACCCCAACGAGAAGCUCCCAGGCCGAACCCGAACUCUCAACGGCUUCUUAACGUCCACAUGCUCACGCGGUGGUACCCUUUGCCUCGGUGAAUCGACCGGUAUACCUUACGUACAGUUACAACUUAAGAACAAUUGAUCAUCACCGUUUCACCUAUCGCGUAUCUCCCCAUUAUCUUCAAAUCAUGUUCACAUCUGCUCGGCGCUGGCUGCGCAACAAUCGUACGCCCAUUGCUGUCGGCGUGGGCGUCAUCGGUGCCGGUUACGUCGCGACGCAAUAUGUCAUCGCAAAGCUUAAUGAUGCCCGCGAGCGCAUGAGCAGCGACCGCAUCGCCAAGGAGAAUCUGCGACGUCGCUUCGAACAGAAUCAGGAGGACUGCACAUUCACCGUCCUGGCUCUCCUGCCCUCCGCCACGACUGCCAUUCUCGAAGCCAUGAACACGGAGCAGAUCACAUUCGAGAUCCAGCAGAUGAAAGCCACCAAGGCUAUAAAGAACGGUGGCCCCGAAUCUGCACCCCCGCCCAGCAUCGCAGAUACUACAUUGACAGAGGACGAUGGGAAGAGCAUGGCUGGCCAAAGCGAGAGCGGUGCACAGUCCAGCCAGGCCCCUACAUCUUCGCCAUUCAACGCCUGCGGCGAAGCGAACAAGGAAGCACCGAAGCCUCGCAAGACGAAGCGACAACUAUGGGAUGACGUGACCAUCAGCGCGGUGACGCGGUCCUUUACUUUGAUAUAUACCCUUGCGCUGCUUACAAUGCUAACUCGCGUUCAACUCAACCUACUUGGCCGAAGAAGUUAUCUAUCGAGCGUUGUGGCUCUCGCAACAGGUGGCCAACAAGGCACCAUCAGUCUUGAGAACAACGAUGACGACAACACCGAACAGACGUAUGGCAGUGACUUCGACAUCAACCGCAAGUACCUAACCUUCAGUUGGUGGCUACUGAACAAAGGAUGGGUGGACUUGAUGCACCGGGUAGAGAGCGCCGUGCGCACCGUCUUUGGCAGCCUGAGCCCUAGGGAUCUCCUGAGCUUUGAGAGGUUCUCCGAGUUGACGACCGAGGUGAGGAAGCUUGUCGAAGGUUCAACCAAGGAGGAGCGUCAGAAGUCAGACUGGCUCAACUUUCUCCUCCCACCCCUGGGCUUGGAAGACGAGGUGAUUCGGGAGUCAGGCAUCCUCGACGAUACAUCCAAUCAGGGUGGCGAACAGUCAACACCCGCGUCACAGGCCAUCCUGAGACGGCUGCUUGACGAGACAGCCGACCUCAUCGAAUCACCCAGUUUCACCCACGUCCUCACUCUUCUCCUCGACGCAGGUUUUUCCUAUCUCAUUGAUAAUAAGCUCGCCACGGCUGCGUUUGAACUCCCGGCCUCAGAUGGUAUCGUCACUCCCGAACUCAAGGAUCAGCAGCGCUCAAAGGUGAUUCUACUGCCAAAGAUCCUGUCGGUGUUGACGCGUCAGGCACAUGUCAUUGGCGACGGAAUGCCAAACGAGUACCUCCAGAAGAUGGAGACUGUCCGUGAUCUGGAGGCUUUUGCUGCUGUCGUGUAUUCAAGUAAUUGGGAGCAGGAAAUUCGGACAGAUGAUGACCUGAUGGCCAGUGCUGUUGAUCUUGGCGCUUCGCAGACAGCUGGUGUCACCAAGGCAUUGCAACCACAGUCUCAGGCACAGACACAAGUCCAAGGUGCACAAGGCGAAUCAAGCCUGGUUGUAGUAGACCCUCAGGGGGGCUUCGAGGGUGCAUGGGGACGAGCAGUGGAGGACAAGUCGUGAAGAGUAUGUGUUCUGGUUGUGUUUGUUGUGUUGCUACAUAACUUUGGGAGUCAUGGCGGGAUUGUUACAUGUAAAUCAGGGAUGGAGAUAAAGGAGCAGCAUAAUAUUGGGAAGCAUCUGGGCUAUCAAAGGCUCAAACAAAUGUCACAUGUUGGUUAUUUAGAGGCGAGUAUAUGGUGUUGACAUAGUUCAGUCGAGUCCGAGGGAUUUGGUUUAACAACCCCCCUUGUAUAACAUUGAUGCCGGAAAUGGCGUUUGGUGUAG